UUAGGGGAAGAAAUUCAGGCCUCUCAGCAGCAGCACUGUUGUUAAUUUUGGUAGAACAUUGUUGAAAUAUUGAGCAUGCAAGACAAUUGGAUAAACAGCAAAACAAGAUUUCUCCUGGAGUCAUCUUGCAUGGCCUACCACGGGCACAUGUGUUCUUGCUCUAGUAGCAGUAGGGCUGCAACUUCCUUCCUUCAUUUAUUUCGAGUGCUGUUCAUCUUAGAGCUUUGCUUGUGUUAAUUAAAAAUAUAUUUUCAAAUCAAAAUUAUUUCACAAAAUAAUCCAAGAACAUGGAAUUCUCCGGUGAAUCAAAACCCAACUGAGCUAAACCUUAGACUAAAAAAAAUUAAAAAUCAACCAUAAAUAGCACCCCAAUCUUGUUUCGUGAUCAAACCAUGAGAAGUCCAAACACACAAACGGUUGCCUACCUUUCCAAAGCGCACCCAAAAUUCAAUGCCUCUAACCCAUCCCAGUUAGACUACUCUUCCUACAUGAAAAGCUUACAACUUUGCAUUGAAACAAAAGCUAAAAAACCAGGCCAUUUGAUUCACAACCAAAUUUUAACAAACGGGUUUGCUUCAAAUAUUCACCUAAGCACCAAAUUAAUCAUAUUUUACUCAAAACUUGGUGAUACAGUCAGUGCACGAAAGGUGUUCGAUAGAAUGCCUGAAAGAACUGUUGUGUCAUGGUCUGCUCAGAUUUCUGGGUACUCACAAAAUGGGUGUUACCAAGAUGCAUUAUUGGUGUUUUUAGACAUGCUUAGAGCAGGUUUUAAGGCCAACCAGUUUACUUAUGGGAGCGUGUUACGCGCAUGUACUGGUUUGAGGUGUUUGCAGAGAGGGAUGCAAAUACAAGGGUGUCUCGAGAAGAGUAGAUUUGCUAGUAAUCUGAUCGUGCAAAGCGCUUUGCUUGAUUUGCACUCCAAGUGUGGAAAGAUGGAGGAUGCUUGUUACUUGUUUGGAAUGAUGGAAGAAAGGGAUGUUGUUUCUUGGAAUGCAAUAAUUGGCGCAUAUGCUGUUCAGGGUUUUUCUGGUGAUUCAUUUCGAAUGUUUCGUUCGAUGAUGCAAGAAGGUAUGAGCCCUGAUCUUUUCACCUUUGGGAGUGUUUUAAAGGCGUCCGGUAUGGCUAGUGAUGUCAUCAGAGUCUGCCAAAUACAUCAAUUGAUCAUCCAACUAGGUUAUGGAUCACAUAUUUCUUUGAGUGGUUCGCUAAUUGAUGCGUAUGCAAAAUGUGAAAGCUUAGCAAGUGCUCAUUGCUUAUAUAAAAGUAUGCCAAUGAAAGAUAUGAUAUCUUGCACGGCACUGAUGACUGGAUAUGCACGGGACAGUAACUACAGUAGCAAGGCCCUGGAUUUGUUCAAAGAAAUACAGCAGAUGCACAUGAAGAUAGAUGAUGUUAUAUUAUGCUCCAUGUUUAAUAUAUGUGCUAACAUAUCAUCUUUGAGUGUGGGAAGACAAAUCCAUGCUCUUGCCUUAAAAUGUAAACCCACUUAUGAUGUGGCCAUGGGAAAUGCUCUUAUUGAUAUGUAUGCAAAAUCUGGAGAGAUUAAAGAUGCUAACCGUGCUUUCAAUGAGAUGGAGGAGAAAAAUGUGAUUUCAUGGACAUCAUUGAUUACUGGAUAUGGGAACCAUGGACAUGGACAUGAAGCAAUUGCCCUGUUUAAAAAGAUGGAAUACGAAGGUUUGAAGCCAAAUGACAUUACAUUCUUAUCUCUUCUCUUUGCUUGUAAUCAUUGUGGAUUGACAGGCGAAGGAUGGGAGUGCUUCAACAACAUGAUCAGCAAAUACAAUAUCCUACCGCGAGCUGAACAUUUUUCUUGCAUGGUUGAUCUUUUUGCACGUGGAGGGCUGUUGGAAGAAGCUUAUAAUUUGAUAAACAAGAUGAAUAUCAAACCUAAUGCCUCGCUUUGGGGUGCCAUUCUUGGUGCAUGCUACAUCUAUGGCAAUAUGCCCCUUGCAGAAGAAGCAGCCAUACAUCUUUUCAAAAUGGAUCCAGAAAAUUCAGUGAACUAUGUUGUUUUAGCAGACAUAUAUGCUGCAGCUGGUUCAUGGGAUAAUGCUUGGAAGAUGAGAAAAUUAAUGGAAGAAAGAAAUUUAAAAAAGGCUCCUGGGUACAGUUUUAUACCUUCCAUUCCACAAUCAAGUUGAGAAGUCAAACUCAUAUUUGUCUUAAUGUUUUGAUUGUCUUGUGAGAGGAAGUGGGGAUUUUGUUUCAAACACCGGGAUCUUAAUUAAGUUGAUAACAGAAUAAGCGAGAGCUCUUGUUUUAUCUUAUAAUACUAUAAAUAAUGUGAACAAGAGCCCACAUUCCUCUUCCUGGUUUGCUUCUUGGUGACCGAAAGAGGCUUAAGGACAUCAAAGCAGUCUAGUAAAGUACUUUUGGUUCACAUUCUCAUGCUCCCGAUCUUCUCAACACUGAGGUAUUCCUUGCGUAUCAUCUUCUUGAAGAAGAAACCCUUUGAAAGAUAAGGAAUUGGAACUUGGAGUGUUCAAGACGGAAGAGCUCAACCUUUUUUUUUUUUUUAUUUUUAGUUUAACGUGGGUGUCCGGGCCAGCUUGCGCGCACCUCGACUAAUCCCACGGGCCUUGAAGUGAACGACCAUGUAAGCCUCCAGUCGCCAUCAUAUGAGCAACCACAGGGCUUGAACCUGAGACCAUAGAGGGAGCAAACCUCUUGGUACCAAGCUCUUACCACUGGGCCACCACCUAGAUGGCUAGCACUGGUGAAUGGAGGAGGGCCUGGAGGCCUUUAUAUUUUGCCCAUGGAUCAAAUAAUGAACUACAAUAUUCUGACAAGUCCAAAUUAGAAUUUGAAUUCUGGUGUCAAAAUUUCUAGAUAUGUCAUAUUAGGAAGUCUUAUAUAUUUUUUCAACAUGAUAAAUUACAGUUUUCCUUAAGUUGAGGAGUUCAGUUCUGAAUCAGGUAGCGAUUUGUUUCCUGUCAUUGAAGCCUUUUGCAGAGAACCUGCUUGAUUUUCACCCAGCUUUUUAUGCCAAGUUCUUGAAGAAAUUACAAUCGAGAGGAAGUUCUUGCAGGGAAUAGAGAAGGGAGUACUUGCUGUGAAAAGAGAAUGAUAUGAAACUGCCAGCCCUCGUCCUGUGCUUCAUUCAACAUUUAAAGGCGGAGACAUCUCAAGUAACUAUUGUUCAGUUAUUAGAGAGAAGCCAAUCUCAAGAUACUAUCAGGUAUAACUACAUCUAACAAACAUGGACCAGGAGCCUCUUAACAUCUUAAUUGGGUUGCCAAGUUCUCCUUACCCCGUCACAAGUGCAGCUGGUAUUUCACAGGCUUCUGCAAAUUCAACAUGUUUGGAAAUGUCUUUAAGUCCUUCAAUGGAGCAUCCAAACGAAGAAUGUCCUCGCUGGGACUUUCUGAAUCCAUCUUGGCAUUCAUCAUCCUUACGUAGAUGCUGGCAAUUAAGAACAAAGAUUUUAAUUGGAAGGUUUUGUACUUGAAUUGUUACUAGUAUCGAAGAUUCAUUAUAGAGCUACCAUCUCCAUCUAAGAGCUGCUCAAAUUUAAUGCUUCACCAUUAAGUGGCAAUAGCUUUCUGCGUGUUU